CAAAGCAAGAGCCAUUGGCAAAUCCAUUUCCUUUCAUUAUAAAUUUUCAGCUUGUUCUCUUUCACAAUUUUUUUUUGUUAAUUUUUUUGUUGAGUCUCCGUUUUUUUUAUAAUUCUUUUUCAAUAAAACUUUUACCAAACUUAUGCGAAGAGUGUGUUUAUAUAUAUAUAUAGUUUUGUUAGCGGGAACCACUCCCUCCCGCCUCCAUCAGCUGCCUUCGGUCGUUAGUAAUCCGCAGCUAUGCAUGAAAUAUGUCAAAACUUUACGAGCGAAACUUUUUUAAUAAAUUAAAAAUUACAAAAUAACACAAAAAAAAAAAAACCCGUGGCAAACAUGACUUAGCCAUUAAGUUGUGAGUAAGCCAGAUAUAUAGGUGCAUUAAUUGGAAAGCCGAGUGCAAAAAGGAAGUGAGAUCAUAAUGUGGUCGCCGGAAUCGGAAAUAAAUUCCAUUGCCAUGGCCACCACAAUGCGCCAUUCGCAGUCCUCGUCCUCAGGAAUCUCUUCCUUGUCGAGCUGCGGCGAUCCUGAACGUCUGCCGGAGUUGCCACCGCUGGACGAGCAGCGUCUUCAGCGGGCCGCAUUGCAUCUGCAGCAAAAGCUAAUCCUUCGCGAGUGGUUAAGGGAUCACCGACUGCAGCAUCACUACCAAAGAUUGCUUGCCGUAGAGGUAGCCUCUUUGGAGGACGUCUAUUGGCUGGAAGAUUCGCGGGCCAGCAAGAUUCUUGGCAAAGACUGGCAAUUGUGGUCAGGAGCCCGGCAGAAUUUGCCCACAUCCAAGGCUCAGUUGGACGCCCUCAAGGCGCAGCUCUGGUCGACGGUGGUCAAGAGCAGUCAGCACCAGGACGCCUGGACAUGGGGAGGCAUGCUGGUCGUAUCCGUCUCAGUCGCCGGCCUUGUCACCCUGGCUGCCAUGACGCAGCCCUCAUUGGCCCCAGAGGCCCGUCAUUCCCUGUUGCAAUACGUCACCGGGAAGUAUCUGCUGCCUGCCAAUUGCAAAGUGCAGUGGGACUGGAAGGAUCCCGCCAGUGUUGGUGGCACCAUGUGCUUCGUGGUGCGAUUCUUCCAGCGAAACGGACAGCCAUAUCCCAUCUGUGAUACGGACCAGUUCUUUGUCGAGGUCACCGAGGGCACUCGCAAGGUGGUCACCAUUAGCGAGCUGGGCUCCUCCACCGAUCCCAACAACGCCAACAUAGCCAAGGUCAAGUUCACAGUCCGAACCGCUGGCCAGUACAAGAUAUCCGUGCUGAUCGGAGCAAGUCACAUUGCCGGAUCACCCUUUAUGCGAUCUUUUCUGCCAGGUGCCAUUGAUGCCAGGCGAUCGCGGUUCAUUAGGCCAGCCAGCACGGUCAUCUGCUGUGCUGGUGCACCCACUCUGAUGCACAUCGAACCACGGGAUGAGUUCGGAAAUUCCUGCUUGUUUGACCAAAAUCAGUCGGAUGAGGCUCUACAGGGCUACCAAGUGGCAGUAUAUGACUUGCAUGGAAUCCCAGUGGAGAAGCUGCAGCAUGCGAUUGUCUUUGCCUAUGACAGGGUCAACUCCCGGGUCUCGGUCACAGCUCUCUUUCCAGAGCCAACUUGUCUAAGGGCUGUGAUCAGCUACCGGGAUCAGCAGCUGCCUAACGGGGACUUUGACAUCAUUGUGCUUAGCAGCAGCGAUACUACCCUGGUGCACAAGAAUAUAGCCUCACGGAAGCAUAACAUCUGCUACGAGGCAAAACUGCUGAGCAUUUUUGGGGUAUCCAAAAACAAACCGAGAAAGGUGCUCUGCUAUGUGGGACCCAAGCAGAACUCCCUGAUCUUCCAGGUGACUAUCAAGGAGAUGAUCCUUAAGUUUAUACCCAAGAGGAUCGCCACUUUUCGACUGUGUCCUUCGACCAAAUUCCAUUUCCUGCCACAGUUGGUCUCUCAACUGCAUGGUCCUGUUUUUAUCAUCGACGACGGAGCUCAGCCCAAGAUCGAGUUGGCCUCAAAGGAUCGGAAUAUUAUAGCUGCCACUUUUACACACUUUUUGCUGAAGAACAUUGGCGGAUCAGAGACUUUCAAGGAUAAACAAGACUUCUUCUAUCAUGAGGUUCGCAAAUUCCAUGCUAGUUAUUAUCAUGAGAAGAUGGCUCUGAAAGUUCAGCGGGAAAAGAUCUUGGAGAGCAGCAUGAAGGCAGCCAAGGGAUUCUCGGUGUCCGACUGGUGUGGCAAUUUCGAGGUUACAUUUCAGGGCGAACAGGGCAUUGAUUGGGGUGGCCUGCGAAGGGAGUGGUUUGAGCUGGUCUGCAGUGCCCUCUUCGAUGCUCGCGGAGGUCUCUUCUGUACUUUCCAUGACAAGCACCAGGCACUGGUUCAUCCGAAUCCCACGCGUCCUGCCCAUUUGAAGCUGAAGCAUUUUGAGUUCGCUGGUAAGAUGGUGGGUAAAUGUCUGUUCGAGAGUGCUCUGGGUGGAAGCUAUCGUCAGCUGGUCAGAGCCAGAUUCAGUCGCUCUUUUCUGGCACAGCUGAUAGGCCUUAGAGUUCACUACAAGUAUUUCGAGCAAGAUGACCCAGACUUGUACCUGUCCAAGAUCAAGUACAUACUGGACACCGAUCUGGAUGCCACGGAUACCCUGGAGCUGUACUUCGUGGAGGAGAUGUACGAUGCUAGUAGUGGGCAGCUGAGCAAGACCAUUGAACUGAUUCCUAACGGGGCCAAGACUCGAGUGACCAAUGCGACUAAAAACCAGUACCUGGACUCUUUGGCUCAGCAGCGUCUCUGCAACAGUGUCAAGGAUGAGGUGGACAGCUUUUUGAAGGGUCUGAACUCCAUUAUACCAGAUAAUCUACUCAGCAUAUUCGAUGAAAACGAACUGGAGCUGCUGAUGUGCGGAACUGGGGAAUAUUCCAUCAGCGACUUUAAAUCCCAUCACAUCGCUAAUGGUAAUUCGGCGGAGUUCCGGCGGGUGCUGGCCUGGUUUUGGGCCGGAGUAAGCAACUUCAGCCAGACGGAGAUGGCCCGGCUGCUGCAGUUCACCACGGGAUGCUCCCAGCUGCCGCCAGGAGGAUUCCAGGAGCUGAAUCCACAGUUUCAAAUAACUGCGGCCCCAACCUUUGGCAAUCUGCCCACGGCACACACCUGCUUCAACCAGCUGUGUUUGCCGGACUACGAGAGCUACGAGCAGUUCGAAAAGUCGCUGCUUUUGGCCAUCAGCGAGGGCAGCGAGGGAUUCGGCAUGGUCUAGAUAUAUAUUUAUAUAUAUAUAUGGUAUAUAGGAUAAUGGAAGAGAGUGAAGCAAUACUCCUCGAUUUUUGUCUGCUACGCUACUGUGUUCCUUUCUGUGCGCUUUAAAUGUCAUGCUAGCAACUAAGUGACCUAGUCCGUAAGCUUGCCUAGUGAUAAAUUGCAAUUAAAUUUAGUCCCUGGCUAGAUAUAUUAUUAUCCCUCAAUGGGAGAUCCCUUUGAAGCAAUAAUAAUCACGGAUUAGCCGGAGUAGCGAGUGUAGUUAUAAAUCGAGUCAAGAUGCAAAUUAAAACCGAGUAUAUAUCAUCAUCAAAAGGAAUGUGAUAAUUGUAUUAUAGACUAAUGCAACCUAAGCGUAAUGGGAAAACUUUUAAACUACCUAUCGGUAAAGCAAAAUAAGUAGCCAUUAAAACCAAAAAAAAAAAAAAAAAACAAACAAAAAACUAUUCUUAUUAACGAUUAGUUGCGCUGUGUAAAGAAACCCAAGAAAAUCUAGUGGAAAACCAAGAGUUUUGUAGCAUACUAUACUUAAAAUUAAUUGUAAACGUUAAAAGGUCUAAAACAUUCACAUAGAGCAAUGUUUAUAUGCAUUUCUUCUAAUAAAAAACCAAAUAUAUAUAUUGCCAAAUUGUGGCACAACUCGAAUACAAUCCCAAAUCCUUCUCCCUCGCUGUGCUCUCCUAUAAGCAAUAUGUGGAAGCAAAUGUUGAAUCGUAGUUUUUAAAUGUUGUUGAAUCGCAAAGCAAAAAUCAAAGAUGUCAUACAAAUUAAAAUUUAGUAAAUGUAAUGGAAUUGUAGUUGUUGAGAGAACUCUAAAAAGCUUAUAUAUAUAUAUAUAUAUCAAUCGAUAGGCGGAAGGUUGGUUCAAAUGGUUAAAAAUAAUAAAAAAAAAAAUGUACUGUUUA